GAAAAAUCAGACGAUUUUUUGAUUAAAAGUUCAUGAUGUCACACCGAAGAAAGAAUUGCGACCAGGAACGAGAUGUAAUAUGGAAUAAAAUUUCCCAGAUGGAAACCGAAAACAAAGAAAUUAAAAACAAGAAUAAAGUACUAGAAGCUGAAAAUAAAGAACUGGCUAGACAACUGCAAAUAGUCUAUGCUAGUGUUGCAAAACUUGAAGAAAGAGAUGUUGGCAUGAAGGAAGUACUCGAACGGGUGUUGUGCCGUCUGGAGAGCAUUGACGAGGCCAUGGCUGAGGGUGAGGUGCCAUCAUUUAUUCCUAAACCUAUUCUGAAAACCCCUGAGGUGCCUAAGAGUGUUGAUAGGAAUGGUGAACCUGACUGCCCUGAUAAUGAAUGUUUGAUGAAUGGUACCGGUACUAUUAAAAAAUUGAAUUUUGCUGAUGAGUGUGUGGUUGACCAGUCUACACCUAUGCAUGCAAGUGUGAAUGGUAACGUUACUGAUUGCAAGGCAGUUCCUUUUGGUAUGAAUAAUAGUAUGAGAGUGGAUAUCCAGCCUGAUACUUUUAAUGGUGAUGGUAUGUCUUUGGAUGAUUAUUUGUGUCAUUUUUCAUCCAUUACUACCUGUAAUGGAUGGACUGAUAAAAUUGCUGGUGUUCAUUUUGCUGCAUGUAUGCGUGGGAAGGCUUUGUCCUUGUUGAAUGAAUUAUCCCUUCCAGAUAGACACAGUUUGAGUGUUGCAGUGAAUCACUUGAAAAAGCGUUAUUAUCCAGAGGGUAAGGAGUCAUACUUUGCUACUUUGUUUAAUAACAGGAAGAAGUUGGCCACUGAGACGCCAACGGAAUAUGCUACUUCUCUUCGUGCAUUGUCGAGGAAGGCUUAUCCUUCUUUGGAUGUUAUUGCUCGUGAGAAUCUGAUUAAGCAGCGUUUCAUUUCAGGUUUUCCUGAUUUCGAGAUGUGUAAGACUUUGACUAUCAGGCAGACUCAGAGUUUGGAUGAAUUAAUUACUGUGGCUGAUGUUUGUCAUUCUAUUGAUGCUACGCACAGUGUACCUGGUUGCAAUCGUGCUAGUAAGCCCAUGGUAGCUGUUGUGAAUAAUUCUGAGCGUGAUGAUGGUGUGUGUGAAUCUGAAUUUAGUAAGCUGCGGAAUGAUAUUAAAGAGAUGCUUGACAGUUUUCGUGCUAUGAUUGACAAAGGUCAUCAACCCCGAUUUUCCCGUCAGAAGGGUGGGCGUAGGAAUGAAGGUAUUACUUGUUAUGGCUGUGGUGCCAAGGGUCACAUACGUAGGAAUUGUCCUGAGAACCAGUGCCAGAGAUGUCAUGGCAGAGGUCACACAGCUUCUCAGUGUGAUCGAUAUUAUGUUCCACAGAAUUCGCAGCCUUCUGCUUAUUCGGCCCAGCAAACGGUCAGUGGCCCGGUAGGAAAUUUUUCACCAGGGAAUAGCUCAAAUUCUGCCUGGGGUGGGAAUGGCCAAACUCCUCGUGACGGUGGGAAUAUUCCCCAGUUUCACCCUUCUCCCAAGAAUAAUGAUAUGCCUUUAAACAGAAAUCAGUAGCACGGGGGUCCUCAGU